CUCUGAUCAAAACACGAUCGAUCUUCAGUGAUCACUGAGAUUCGAUGUCGUUUGAUUCGAUUUCCUUUCAAUUUCUUGUCUUUAUAGGAAUUCAGGACGGUGAAUUCGAUCACUUUUUAGGACAGUUUGGACGAAGAAGAUUUUGUGAGUGAUCACUUCCACUAAACAAGAUAAGAUGGAUUUCUUUGAUGUCAACACUGCAGGGUGAUCUUUGUGACGCUGAUGAAGGAUAGAACUAGAUCUGUUUCUAACGAUUCCAAAAAUUUGAUCAAAAGGUUGGAUUUACUCCUGUCAUGAGCGGAACCUCAAGAUAACAUCAUUCAAAAUGAGUAACGGAAAACAAGAGUGGUAUGAUGUGAAUCCCUAUGACAGUUUCAUGAAAAGGCAUCUUCAACACUAUGGCUACUACACUGGUAAAAAUGAGGGGUAUCGUCAUUCGCUGGCCUCGUUUGACGAAUGGGACAAGACGCAUGGUUAUGAUCUGAGCAGUGACUCCGAUGACUCGGAAUAUGAAAACAAGGCUCUGCGGGAAAAAGACGAUAAAGAUUUCAGUAACCGUGUGCAACUAGUUGAUCUGGCUAAUAACUCGGUUGAUGGUGAUGGCAAAUCUCCUGAUGAUUUACGUACGACACAACUCACGUUUAGUAACCAGUCUGGUCGUAUGGUGCCCCGACUCAAAGAGCCACGUCAGCUCUACCCCCUUGCCAAGGAGGUUGGACCGCAGCAGGCUGCUAGAUGGCCGGUAGAAAUUCAGGUGCUAAAAGACAGGGUGAAAUAUAUCAACUACGUCCCCCCUGAGCCAGAGUUACUCUAUACUAGAACUGGUACUGAGCCUGCCCCACUCGUCAGGGGUGAGGAGGGCGGGGGACGUGUGGUCUACCAGUAUGAACCCUCAAGUGGGCCUUUUUUCAUUCGGUCGAGAGUUGGGGGACAUCGAGCUGGUUGUCUUGACGCCGCGGUCAAGUUAGAAUCGGAACGUGACACCACUUUGAUAUUUGAGUCGCGUUAUGAGAGCGGGAAUUUAGCUAAGGCCGUUCAAGUUGGGGAGUUUGAAUACGAGUUAUGGCUGCGGACAGACAUGUACACCAACAAACACACCCAGUGGUAUAACUUUAGGGUGUCAAACACGAGAGCCAAUCAAAAAUAUAGAUUCUCCAUAGUCAACCACUUGAAGAGUGAUAGUUUAUACAAUAAUGGGAUGAGGCCGUUGAUGUACAGCGAGAAAAACGCAGCAGAAAAGAAAAUCGGGUGGAAACGAUUUGGGUCGAUGAUCAGAUACCACAGAAAUAACCUCAAUUCUCGUGGCCAAGUAACCAACAGCAGGUAUUCAACGAACAAAGCGGAGAAGUCUUACUAUUCGCUGACGUUCACCUGCGAAUUCCCUUACGACAAUGAUACGGUUUAUGUCGCUCACUGCUAUCCGUACACAUAUACAGAUUUGCAGGACUACAUCCUAAACAUCAUGAAUGACCCUGUCAAGUCGAAGAUCUGUAAACAAAAGGUAUUAUGCCGGACGCUAGCCGGCAACAUGGUGUAUGUUCUUACGAUCACCUCACCAUCGAAGGGUCCAGAAGAAGUUAAGCACAAGAAAGCUGUUGUAAUCACUGCCCGUGUCCACCCUGGUGAGACGAACGCCAGCUGGAUGAUGAAGGGGUUUCUGGACUACCUCUGUGGAAACUCAGCCGAUGCUAAGCUGCUGCGUGAUACAUUCAUAUUCAAAAUAGUCCCGAUGCUCAAUCCAGACGGCGUGAUAGUAGGUAACUAUCGGUGCUCGCUAGCCGGACGCGAUCUCAACCGGAACUACAAGACGGUUCUGAAGGAGUCGUUUCCGUCCGUGUGGCAUUGCAAGAAUAUGAUCAAGAGAUUAGCUGAAGAAAGAGAGAUUAUCGUGUACUGCGAUCUUCACGGUCACAGUCGCAAGCACAAUGUGUUCAUAUACGGUUGCGAGAACCGCAACAAUCCGUCACGGCGCCUACGCGAGAGGAUUUUCCCAGUCAUGCUCGGCCGGAAUGCCUCGGAUAAGUUUUCGUUUGAAGGGUGCAAGUUUAAGAUGCAGAAGAGUAAAGAGGGUACGGGUCGUAUUGUGAUGUGGAACCUCGGCAUCAUGAACAGCUACACGUUAGAGGCGACCUUUGCCGGUUCGACGCUGGGGAAGAAAAAAGGCUAUCACUUCUCCACGGCCGAUUUUGAAUCGAUGGGCUUCCACUUUUGUGAUACGCUACUCGACUAUUGUGAUCCCGAUGGAACGAAGUGUGCUCGUAUCAUUUGUGAAUUGGAGGAGCGCGUCAAACUCGAGAUCAUCGCUCGCCUUGAGAAACAAGGGCAGGAGGUGGGGCUCGAUGAUGUCAAUCUCAGCGAUGCAUUCUCAGAUGCUGGCUCGAGCGACAGCGGUGGUUCUGAUAGCUCUGUGUCCGAUGGCCUGCCGGUGCAUCUGCAGUUUAUGACGAAAGAGUUUGAGUCGAAGAAGAAGAAGAAGUUAAAGACGAAGAAACAACUUGACAGUCAGCGGAAGGACGCGAAGACGCAGAACGAGGCCGAGAGGUUGCAUCGGGGCAGUCCGGGGUCGAGUCAUCAACAUUGUAAACAAUCGGUUCCGCCUAAGCCGACUGGGACGCCGGCCCUCCGUUAUGCUAGUCAGGGGGUAGGGUCAGCCAAGAGGCCGCGUUCCAAGGCAGAGGAGGCCAACAGCCGAGCGGGGAGUGGUGUCCCGCAGUUCGUCAAGGAGAGGAUGGAGGAGAGAGAGAGUAAAAAGACCGAGUAUAUUGAGGCGCUCACAAAUGCCAUGAAGAAUGGACUAUUCGCGCCAUUAGAAGGACCGUCAGAAACUACACGUACACAACCUGCCAAAAUAAAUACUGGCACAGCCCAUGAGGUGCCUCACUUCCGUUACUCUCUGACCACCAAAGCCUCACCCACCUUCCCCAUCAACCUGGCCAACCUGUGUCCCCACCACGAGCAGACGUUCGCCGCACAAUACAUGACGAAUCAACUUAACGAGCCUGACGACACUGACGCGUACACGUUCGCCAGGAAUGGCCAAGAUGAAGAUGACAAAACCAUUCCGAGAUAUCGGUUCAUAAAUCGUAAAAAUAGUGCCAAAAACCCGAGUGACCAGCGGCUGAAUCUGGAAGUUCGUCCCUCGCAGCGCCAUCUUUUAGAGUUAGCGGUAGCUCAUCAGCGACAGCAGGAUUUCUUGCAAAUGGAGUCCAGAAGACAGGGCACAGCUGACAGUCGCAAAAGCCCAAUCAGACAACAUCCCCCGCCGUUUGACGAGAAUCUGGAACGGGAGAAGUCACAUGACUAUGUCAAGAGGGGCCAUUCUGCUAAAGGCAGCGCAAGUCGUCCACGUGUCCCCUCUGCGACCCCCAUGUAUAUGGUAGGCCCGACUUCGACCAGUCCCCCCAAGAAUCCAGAAGAUUUUGCACCCAAUUUCAAUAAUAACAGUAAGAGUGCGAACGGGAAGAAGGCCCCCAAGGCAAAAAGUCGGAGUCAUGGAGAUCUUAAACACGCCGAACAAGUCUUUGAAUUUGACGAUGUCUAUGGACCAAUCAGAGGCAAGACCCAUGACGACGGUGGAUCGAUGACUAUCCGCGACGGCAGCCAACCGGAAAAGUCCAGCAAGGACAUCAGCCACACGAUCGACAGCAUACAAAAACUGAAACAGUCGGUCAUUGAUUCAGCGCAGAGGGCAAACUUGAGCCCUACAACCGGGCAGUACAUUGUUGACAACGUGCGAGAGAUUGACGAGGAGGUUAACUGUAUUGCUGCGGAACUAGAGGGCUCAAGUGAGGCAAAUUCAGCUCAGGAAAAUUCAGACGACGUACAUCGUAACGGACGGACAAAUGAUAAAAAGACAGAUUCUGGCCAGGUUGUUGAGGACGGACAAAGUGACCAGGUGUCAACGAACAGCAGUGCUAGCAGAUAUUCGGACAGACAGACGCAUAAAAGUCACGCCUCUGAACAGUAUGAUGAGUCGAGGGGGUCGCUUUCUCAGAAUUCGGGUGUUUGGAACGCGGCGGGGAGUUUACCCCCACCUGGGCCGGUGCGACGCACCCUGGACAAUUAUUCGAACGGGAAUUCGUUAACGCAUCAGAUCGAGCCAAUGGAGCGUAUCGUCGUUACCAGCAAAGGUCAGGUCCGCUUUGAAAACGUGAUGAAUGAGCAGAGACGUAACCUCGACCUUAAUUUGAAUAAAGCGAGUGGCAAGUUAAAACACGUCAACGGAGCGACACGCGUUUUAAAAACGCGUGCUACGGAUUCUUUGAUAAUUGACGAUAGCCAAUCAGUGCGGAGUAAAUCGAGUUGUUUUUUCAACGAUGCUGAUUUGGGUAACGCAGGGGACGAGGAACGGACUAGACUGUGGAAUAACGCGCGCGCUGAGCAGGGACAGGGGUCCUGGGACGAGGUUGAGACUCCUCGGUGGCCCGGGGAGCAGAGGCGGGAUAGUACGGGCAGUUUCAGCGAUCGGGACGGGAAGCCGGUCUCGGAACAGAGACAAGGAGAGAGUCCCUUGCGUCAAGUGCGUGCUCGCUCAUCCAAAGGCCCGCGUACACCCCAAGAGCUCACAUCACCGACCAAGAUAUCUCUGAUGAUGACGCAAGGCCACCAUGAUCCAUACCAGCGAUCCAAGUUCUUACCUCUCACGCGCUCCAGACCUCCAUUAUUACGGAUACCGAAAAAGAAAUGAUCGAAAUGGCAAAGACCCUAGUGUGGCCCAUGAUACCAAAAAGGAAGUGAUCAAAAGGGCAAAGGCCCUAGUCUGGCCCAUGACACCAAAAAGGAAGUGAUCCAAAGGGCAAAGGCCCUAGUCUGGCCCAUGACACCAAAAAGGAAGUGAUCAAAAGGGCAAAGGCCCUAGUCUGGCCCAUGACACCAAAAAGGAAGUGAUCAAAAGGGCAAAGGCCCUAGUCUGGCCCAUGACACCAAAAAGGAAGUGAUCCAAAGGGCAAAGGCCCUAGUCUGGCCCAUGACACCAAAAAGGAAGUGAUCCAAAGGGCAAAGGCCCUAGUCUGGCCCAUGACACCAAAAAGGAAGUGAUCCAAAGGGCAAAGGUCCUAGUCUGGCCCAUGACACCAAAAAGGAAGUGAUCCAAAGGGCAAAGGCCCUAGUCUGGCCCAUGACACCAAAAAGGAAGUGAUCCAAAGGGCAAAGGCCCUAGUCUGGCCCAUGACACCAAAAAGGAAGUGAUCAAAAGGGCAAAGGCCCCAGCUAGUGAUUCAGUGUGGCUACUGAAUCUUUUGAUCUACAGUCCGAUUUCAGUUUUCAUAUUGAAAACCAAGUAUGGUAAUGGCCUGUUAGACAGCCAUCGUUGGCAAAGGAGUUCUUCCAUGUCUGUUGAUGGAUGUGUUCUGUGAAGAUGUACUGGUGAUAGGGGAGUCGGUUGUUCGACUUAUUUGGGACUGGUGUGCCCUGAGUUAAGAAGACAUUCCGUCAGAAAUGUUUUGCCAAGAAAUUUGUUGGUUCCGUCCCUGUUGAUAUUGUUAUGGUUCGAAUAUUUAGAAAGCAAUCCGCCCAGAACUUAACCCAUUCAUUCCUGACCUCCUUCCAACCUAGAUAUAUACUGUGCAUAGAAAGUCUUCCACAUAUGAUGAUGGUGUUUAUUUUGUACCAUGUGUUUUGUUAUCAAUCCGUCCAAAUGUUUUAUAGCAUUUUGUGAUUUUUAGCAAAAAUUGCAUUGAUCGCAAGUCCCAUAUGUUAAUGUGGUCAUUGUCCUACCCAAUGUACACAGCAUGUGCCUGUUUUACCUCCCCUUGGAUUCAAGCCUAAUUAGAAGUGAUGUAAUUGAGAUUGACAGAGACCUGUAUCAUUAUUAUAAGUUUUCGAUGAUUUUGUAUUUUUCACCAGAUCUAUUGUGCAUAUCUAUCACCAGCAUAAUAUGUUUUGUAAAAAUGUCUGCUCGUGCCAUUUGAAGUUACUGGAGUUAUAAUGGGUGAUAUGAAUGAAGACCAGUGAGUGCUUUUAUGCUGAAAUCCUCAUGUACAUUUACACCUGUUUACCAUGGUGAAUUCAGGGUUUACCGUGGUGAAUUCAGGGUUUACCGUGGUGAAUUCAGGGUUUACCGUGGUGAAUUCAGGGUUUACCGUGGUGAAUUCAGGGUUUACCAUGGUGAAUUCAGGGUUUACCAUGGUGAAUUCAGAGUUUACCAUGGUGAAUUCAGAGUUUACCAUGGUGAAUUUAGAGUUUGCCAUGGUGAAUUCAGAGUUUAGCAUGGUGAAUUCAGAGUUUACUAUGGUGAAUUCAGAGUUUAUCAUGGUGAAUUCAGAGUUUACCAUGGUAAAUUCAGAGUUUACCAUGGUGAAUUCAGAGUUUACCAUGGUGAAUUCAGAGUUUGGUUGCCAUUAUUAAGAUUGGUUGCCAUUAUUGAGAUUGGUUGCCAAUAUUGAGAUUGGUUGCCAUUAUUGAGAUUGGUUGCCAUUAUUGAGAUUGGUUGCCAUUAUGGAAAUUGCUUGUAACUAAGCAAAAGAUUUACAUAGGUUUUGAGAAUAGAUUUAUAAAUUGAUAACUACAAUCUGAAAUUAGUACACGUACUUGCAUUUUGUAUAAGGAGUUUGAAAGAAUUCAGUAUUGGAAUAAAGAUUUAAUGAUUGAAAUAUUUCCCUUCAUAACUCCAGAUGUUGUUUGUUGCCUUGGUAACCAUCGGUUGCCUCCCAGCCAAGGUGCUUCCCAUAUGUGUACAGGGUGUCCUCGAAUGUUUUCAUGAAACCCCAGAUCUUACAUUGGAAAGGAGUUUG